ACGUCUUAUCUGACCUACUAACUGUGGAACACGCCGGCAUCUUCCUUCUGGUAAAUGUUGUUAUGGUUUGUGGUGUUACGAGUUGCAUUGGCAUCAUUGCCAACGCCAUCAACCUGGCGGUGUUUGUAGAGCAAGGGCUUCAUAACACCACCACCAUCUGCUUAUUUGGGUUGGCCAUCUCCGACAUCUGCUUGAUUUCUUCAGGUGUGCCUUGGGUGGCCUUAGACCUUGUCUAUCUAACAGGGGCGUGGCCUCACCAUAUCUCCGGACGCAUCACCAGCUAUAUCACAGUGUUCAUCACUGCGGAAAGAUGUCUUUGUGUGAUACUCCCUCUCGAAGUCAAGCAAAUAAUGACGCCCAUGAAAACCACCGUUGCUCUUUGUCUAAUUUACAUAAUAAAUAUUCUAGUGAUGUGUCCGGAGUAUGUGACAUCAUAUCUUUACUGGAAAUAUUUCCCUGAGUACAAUGCCACGCUUUUAACCUUAAACUACUUGAAAGGUAGCGAGAAGAUAGCGGGACUAAUUUACUGUAUCAAUUCUAUAUCUGGGUUAGUUUCUUUCGUGUCUGUGACUGUUAUGACCCUCGUUUUGGUGGUAAAACUCAAGGAAGCCUCGGUUUGGCGCAUCAAAGCUAAGUCUGCUAACAUCAGCGACGCCAUGUCGAGCCGUGACCAAAAGGCGGUUAAAAUGGUAACCCUUAUCGCCACAGUUAUGAUUAUUUGCUUCACUCCUGGAGUAGUCGUUGGAAUGGUGACUUUUAUUGAACCAGAGUUUGACAUUCGGAAGACAUAUGCCAACACCGUAGCAUCGUUGUGGACGAUCGCUUGUGUCUUUCAGUCUGUGAAUUCCAGCGUUAACAUUUUCUUUUACUACGAAAUGAGCUCUAAAUACAGACAGACAUUUCAUGUUGUCCUAAGUACGUGGCGCCAGAAGUCUAUAUAA